CGUGUCCUGGGCCAGCGAGUGAGAAGUCAAGGACGGGGCUGGGCCCCAGCAGGUCUUCCCAGGAUGGACGUGUCCCCCGACUGCACGCAGCAGGGCGGGGGGCUGGUGCUGGUCCGCCGGCGGCCCCCAGUGCCCCCGGGCCUGCGCGAGAUGCUUAAAGCCAGGCUGUGGCGGGGCUGCGCCUGCAGCACGCGUGGGGCCUGGGCGCUGGCGCAGGACCUGCUCCCCGCCACGCGCUGGCUGCGCCACUACCGCCCGCGGGAGGCCCUGGCGGGCGACGUCAUGUCCGGGCUGGUCAUCGGCAUCAUCCUGGUGCCGCAGGCCAUCGCCUACUCGCUCCUGGCAGGGCUGCAGCCCAUCUACAGUCUGUACACGUCCUUCUUCGCGAACCUCAUCUACUUUCUCAUGGGCACCUCGCGCCACGUGUCCAUGGGAAUCUUCAGCCUGCUCUGCCUCAUGGUGGGCCAGGUGGUGGAACGCGAGCUGCUGCUGGCUGGCUUUGACCCUGCCCGGGACGGCCCGGGGUCCGGGGACAACGGCACCACCCUCAACGCCUCGGCCACACUGGUGCUCAGGCCACGGGACUGCGGGCAGGACUGCUACGCCGUCCGCGUCGCCACCGCCCUCACGCUGGUGGCUGGGAUUUACCAGAUACCCUGGCACAGAAAACACUUCCAGGAACCCUGGCAAUUAACCAAAAGGAGUGAAUCACACGGACUUUUGGAGCGGGAUUAAACGUUCCGCUGAUUUAACAGGAAAUGUUGACAUCAAGAUAACGUAGAACCCUGACAGCCAGUGGGGCGAGGACAUGAUGGAAGGCGGUUCAUCGGAUCCGUAAGGGCUUUUGAGAUUAGUCACAACACAAGAAAGUGCA